GGCGGCGGCGGAGGCGGAGGCUUCCGCGGCGACGGCGUGCAUGGCGGCGGAGGAUCCAUGCCGACGUCUCCCGAGGGCUAUGGCUUCGGAUCCGGCCCGAUCCAUGGAUACGGAUCCCCGGCGCCGUCCCCGUUUGGGACGAUGGCGGAUUCGAACGGGAGAGGCUACGGGGAGGAGGAGGAGGAUGAGGAGGAGAACGGGCGGAUCUUCGCGUCGGAUGGGCCGAUCCUCCCGGAUCUGGAUCAGAUGCAGCGCGAGGAGGGUUUCGUCCUCAGGGAAUGGCGCCGCCAAAAUGCUAUCCAACUGGAAGAGAAGGAGAGAAAAGAGAGAGAGCGUCGCAAUGAAAUCAUCGCCGAAGCUGAUGAAUACAAGAGAGCCUUCUAUGAGAAGCGGAAGCUGAACUGUGAGACUAAUAAGACCAACAACAGAGAAAGAGAGAAGCUGUUCCUGGCCAACCAAGAGAAGUUCCAUGCAAACGCCGAUAAGCAAUACUGGAAAGCCAUCGCCGAGCUCGUCCCUCAUGAAGUGCCAAGCAUCGAGAAGAGGAGGGGGAAAAAGGAGCAGGAGAAGAAGCCAUCUGUUGUCGUAAUCCAGGGGCCGAAGCCCGGGAAGCUGACCGACCUAUCAAGAAUGCGCCAGGUUUUGGUGAAGCUCAAGCACACUCCGCCCCCCCACAUGAAACCCCCUCCACCCCCGGCUCCUGCUCCUGCCCCAGCCAAGGACGCCAAAGAUGGUAAAAAACCAGCUUCUCCUGCUGCCAAAGAAGCUGCAGCUAAUGGAAAAGCCACUUCCCCUAAGGGAGAAGCUGCUGCCGCCGCCCCAGAAGCUACUGCCGCCGCCGCCCCGGCUGUAGAAGCGCAGGAAGAAGCCAAGGCUCCGGAGCCACCUGCUACUAACUGAUUUCACGGCAUUCUGAAUCCUUUUACCUUCUAAUUUGUCGCGGAGAAUAAAUCUUUCCUAGUGCUCUUCGGUCAGCGCUUAUUCCGAUUCACUAUUCAUCUUUUCCUUCCUUUCAGAGUAUCAUAUAUUUAUGUGAUCUCCCAUUUUUGUAAUUGUUGUUGUUGUUGUUGUUCUUUUUUGCUUUCUCUGUCGGACAUAUUGUUUUGUUGAACCACAUUUAAUUGGUUUCCUUACAAACUUUUGCUAUUUCGGAAGCA